UCAAUUAAAAAAUCUAAUAAGACAAUUGUUGCAUCACCAGUGGGUCCACCAGUCCCAUUCCAACAAUAUUUGACCAAGCAAGACGACGGGAAAUUCCAUAUAUUAUUAGCAUGUACUGGAUCAGUUGCCACUAUUAAAAUGCCACAAAUAAUUGAUAAAUUAUUUCAAAUCUUUACCACCAAUAAGGUUUCCAUCCAGUUAGUGUUGACAAAAUCCGCUAGUCAUUUUCUCCGUGGGUUGAAGAUUCAUAAUGAUGUAAAGAUUUGGCGUGAUGAAGAUGAAUGGGCAAAUUUCAAUGAACCUUCAAGUACAAUUACUCCAUCUACUCUGACUUCUAAUUUAAAUCCUAAGAAACCCAAGAAUCCAUAUGACAGAUUGAUUCUCCAUAAUGAAUUGAGAAGGUGGGCUGAUAUUAUGUUGAUUGCUCCUCUUUCCGCAAACACCUUGGCCAAGAUUUCCAAUGGUAUAGCAGACAAUUUAUUAACUUCAAUAGUUAGAUCUUGGUCACCUUCUAUUUCAGGUCAAGCUGUUAAGAAGCCUAUAAUUGUUGCUCCAGCAAUGAAUACAUUUAUGUAUACCCAUCCAAUUACCGCAAAGCAAAUUAAUAUUAUUACUUGUCCUGAUUUUGGGAUUGAGGUUUUGAAGCCGGUCGAAAAAGUAUUGGUUUGUGGUGAUAUCGGUAUGGGGGGUAUGAGAGAAUGGACUGAAGUUGUAGAUAUUUUAAGAAGAAAGAUUAUUGCGAUAAAGGCAGAAAAGAAGAGACAGGGUGAUUUACUCGAAGAAGAUGAGAAUAAUGAUGAAGAUGAUGAUGAAGAAGAUGAAAAUGAGGACGAUGAAAAUGAAGACGAUGAUGAAGAAGAUGAUGAUGACGACGACGACGAGGAUGAUGAUGACGACGACGAAGAAGAAGAUGAUGAUGAACAAAGGAAUGAGAAUAUCGACAACAACCAAAUAUCCACACAAGGUUCAUCAUCAAAUGACAAAAUCAAUGAUGAUGAUGAAAUUUUGUUUGAAAUAACAACAGAUGAUCAGGAUGAAUCGCAACCAAAUGAUAACCACGAUUCCCUCAGUUUAAGACCAACUGAUUCAGUCAAUUCUCAUCAUCAUCAACAGAAAAUCACUAUUCCUAAGGAAACACAGAAUAUUAUUUAA